AUGGAACAAGCUCAAUCACCCUCAAUCGGCGACUGCUUGAAGCUGCUGAAAGGCGAAAGAGACGAGCAGCUCCUCGCCGGGUUGCUUCUAGUCACCAAAGUUUGCCAAAGAGACGACCUAGCCUCGCUUCGUGCGGUUUAUGAUGCCGUGGACGUUCGGUUUCUCGACAGGCUCUUCAAGACUGGGAUGGGUAAAGGAGCUGCAGCAGGCAGUGGUUUGGAUAACCGAGAUGCUUAUUUGCAGCUAUCGGUCACGAUUGUUGCUGCGUUUUGUCGCGUUCCAGAAAUUGCUGCUUCCAAAUACAUGGUAUCCAAGGUUCCCAUGGUUCUGAAGAUAAUGACGGAAUCAAAUGAUGCUGUUCUUGUAGAAUGCUGUGAAAUUCUAUAUCUGGUAGCAACUUCUUCAGAAGAUGGAGUAAGCACGUUUUGUGAAUCCGAGGGCCUUAAAGUCAUAGCUUCAAGAAUGCAUACUAUGUCUGAUGGUUCUCGUACCAUGGAACUGUCAAUUAAGAUAUUACAAUACGUGCUUAGUAAGCUCCCUCCAGACUUCACCACAAGCAGCCAUCUACUGGACCUUGCAACUUUGGUGGAAUCAUUAGCAAGACAGUUUGCUGUAUUGCACAGUCCUCUGAAAUUUGAAGCACUUCAUUUACUUUCAGUGAUUUUCUCUUCGAAGUAUUUGGAAUCACUUCGUGAAACCUUGCGUGUAAUGGUAGGCAGCAAGUGGCCUGACUAUAUCCACAUCGGUGUUAUGGAUAUUUUACAAAAUCGAGUUGCUCCUGCUGAUAAGGUUCAUGCCCUUGUUCUGGCUGAGUCAAUGUUGUCUAUAUCAGGGGAAUCCUGGCUGCUUCGCCAGCCAAACUUGACAAAUUGCAAGGCAUCUGUGCCUGUUGAUAGGUGUCUAUUGCUUGUCUUGGAGUCUGCAAGAGUAGAAGUGGCUGUUUUGCUUAACGAACUGGCUUAUCUCAAGUUUGAAGCUUCAAAGUAUACCUCAAGUAGUGACACUGCUCUCUCAACAAAGCAGCAGCACCUGACUGUUGCAUUUUCCUUGGUUGAAGGAAUAAUCAAACUAAUAUCAACCAUGGGUGAAAAUGGAGAAGUCAUUAGUGAAGCAACCAUUAUAAAGGUGAUCAACGGGCUUAACGAGACAGUUAAUGUAGUAUUGGAGUACUUGCAGGAUGCAAAGGAGCAUGGACAAAAGAAAGGAAAUGACCUGAUUGCUUCAGUAAGACUUGUUGGGAGUUACCUCGCAGAAACACCCUAUGCGUCAAGUGACAAAGUCAGAGAACUUUUGGAGUACAUGUUGUCUAUUGAAGGUGAAGAUGAAACAAGCCCUUUCUAUUCCAUAUGCUUCUUACUUCCAAUGCUGUGCCAAAUGACAAUGGAGAUACAAGGGUGCAAAACUUUGAUUUCAUCCAGAGGUCACAAGGCUGUGGUUGAGUUUCUUGUCAAGUUGCUCUGUAAUCCCGUGACUGAAGACAUGGAUCGCAUCUUUUUGGCAUGCGACACAGUAAUGAACCUUCUUUUGAAGCAAGAGGAGGUACACUUUCAGAUGGAAGAAUCAAGCUGCAUUAGUCUCUUGAAUGCAUUGGCAUUUUGGGCAGAGAAGUCAGAUGAUCCAUCUGUGCUAAUGAUGGCUGCAAGUAUAUGUGCACUGGGAUUAGAUUUCACAUCAGAAGCAGCCCUUCUAAAGCAUCCUAAUUUCGACUCGAGAUCACUUACUCGUCUUUGCCACCUCAUCUCAAGAAGCUUCGCUUUUGCUACUCAGGGCAUGGCAGAUGCUGUUCGAUCAGAAACAGACCUUAUUGAGAUUAUUAAUUCAGGUUUUUCACGGUGGGCUGAUCGGUUCCCUAGCAUAAAAGCAGCAGUUUUGGGAGUUUGAGUAUGUUGCCUUGCGAACGAUCGGUUUAGGAUUGCAUCCGGCUGCUAACUGAUAAUCCAUAUCAAUACAAAAGCGCUACAGAUGUUUCUAUCAGGCGAAGAGCUCUCUACUGCUUGUUCUGUACGAAUGGAGUCAAUGACUUGUACAUUACGACCUAUCUACAAGACCUCAAUUAGGAACUAUGUAGUGCACAAUGUCCUUAAUCCUCUACAUGUAUAAGUGGAACAGUGUAGCUUUAGCCAGUGUUGAACACUAUUAGCAAUAUAUUAUGAAACCAUAAACAUCAUUUUAGCCCUG